ACGUCACCGGAAAGGUUCAGUUGCUAAGCUGCGCGUCUUCAGCAGCCACAACUUUUUUUUUUCAACAAGUCGUCAGCUGGCUUGUAGCAAGUGAACCUUGACCUCUGCGCUGCUCCACUGCACUUGCAGUUGAACAGUGUUUUAGUGAGAUUAUAUAGUACCUGAAAGUCGGAGGGGUUUGGCCACGGGUGUAGUGACCGCCAGUUUCUCUGAGGGAAGGGAGCCACGCAGCUGCUGCAAGACGCAACCUCCGCUGAUGUCUCCGGUGGACCAGGCUAAUUCCUGACUUUCCAGUGAGUUCCAGUGUGUUCCAGUCAUUAGUCUGAACCGCUGGGACAUUCAUGGCUGUGGCCAGCGCCACGAAGAUCUCAUGGCGACUGCAGGAGUUUGAGGCUCACAGCAGUCGAGUCUCCUGUGUGUCUCUGGGGAAAAAUUCCGGUCGUCUGCUGGCCAGCGGUGGUGAAGACUGCAGAGUCAACAUCUGGUCUGUGAGCAAGGCCAACUGCAUCAUGAGUCUGAGCGGUCACAAGAAGCCAGUAGAAUGUCUUCACUUCAACUCGUCAGAGGAGCUGCUGGCCACCGGUUCUCAGUCCGGGUCUAUACGAGUGUGGGACCUGGAGGCCGCCAAAAUCUUGCGCACUCUGGCUGGACACAAAGCAAACAUCACCAGUUUGGGAUUUCAUCCUGUUGGGUACUUUUUGGCCUCCAGCUCCACGGACACAAAUAUCAAGCUGUGGGACAUGCGGAGGAACGGCCACCUCUACAGUUACAAGGGCCACACGCAGGCCGUCAGGAGUCUGGCUUUCAGCCCCGAUGGGAAAUGGCUGGCGUCGGCGGGGGACGACCGCACCAUCAAGUUGUGGGACCUGAUGCAGGCCAAGACCAUCAGCGAGUUCAACGCGCACGACGCCGCUGUCACCGCCAUCCAGUUUCAUCCAAACGAGUACCUCCUGGCGUCCGGCAGCGCCGACAGGUCCGUGAAGCUGUGGGACCUGGAGAAGUUUUCCAUGGUGGCCUCGUUAAAGGGCGAUACCAGUCCGGUCAGGUGUAUCCUCUUCAGUCCAGACGGAAGCUGCCUGUUUAGCGGCUCUACAGACUCUCUGCGUGUUUACGGCUGGGAGCCCGACCGCUGCUUGGACUCUGUGGCGGUAGGGUGGGGCCGAGUGUGUGACCUCGCCGUCUGCAACGAGCAGCUGAUCGGCGCGUCUCACCAGCUGAGCAGCGUGGCGUCCUACGUGGUGGACCUGAAGCGCGUCAAGACGACCCCCACGCUCCCAGGAGUCGUCCAGAACCAGCAGCCGUCGUCGGAGCCCAAGGGAGUGGCGCUACGCCGCAGCUACGAGCGACCCGCGACCGACUGCCGGGCUCAAGGGGUGAAGCGCAGCUCAGAUGCUGACAGGCGGAGUCCUGAAGGCGAGAGGCGGAGCCCUAGCGAGGAUGAAGCGGACGAGAAAGUUUCUUCGGCUGAAAUCCACAAUGCGGAAGACUACAAGGAAAUCUUCCAGCCCAAGAACGCCAUCUCUCGGACUCCUCCCAAGAUGGCAGAACCUUUCCCCGCCCCCCCAGAGGAUGAACUGUCGUCAUCGUUUGGACAACAUGUCAACAACUUGCCCGUUAUUCCCGACAAUCUGCAGGUGUCGCCGUUGUCCACGGCCACGCCCAUCCAGAGGGUGGAGCCAAUUGUGGUCACCUGCACCAAAAACCCCGCCCCCUCGGGUCAGGUGUUCCCAGCCCCUGCCAGCAGCAUGCCGCCACCACCACCACCGCCGCCGCCUCUUCAGACGUACGUCCAACCGCAUCCUGCAAUCUUCCCCAUCAGCAGGAACGAGCCGAUCGGCCUCAAUGUGGCCGACUUCCUUCCUUCAUCGCAGGACAAGAGAGCGCCGGUUCUGAGCGACGACGAGGCGCUGAGUCAGAUCCGCAAAGGCCACGACACCAUGUGCGUGAUGCUCAGCAGCCGACACAAGAACCUGGACAGCGUGCGAGGCGUGUGGGCCCGCGAGGGCAUCAAGUGCGCUUUGGACGCUGCAGUUUCCAUGAACGACCUGUGCAUCGUCGUGGAUGUCCUCAGCAUUGUCAACAUGCAGCCGACACUGUGGAAACUGGACGUGUGCAUGACGAGUCUUCCUCAGAUUGACAAACUCUUGCAGAGUAAAUACGAGAGCUACAUGCAGUGCGGCUGCACCUCGCUCAAGAUCAUCAUGAAAUACUUCUGGCCGCUCAUCUCCGACACGCUCAGGGCAACGCCGUCGGUGGGCGUGGACAUUACACGCGAGGAGCGACACCAUAAGUGCAGGAUGUGCUACAGGCAGUUGAAGAACGUCAACAACGUGGUGAAGAACAAGGCGUCUCAAGUCGGCCGCCAUGGUUGUGCCUUCAGGGAGUUGCAGCUGCUCUUGGGGCCGCUGGAUGAUGCGCUUUGAAGAAAAGAAAAAAAAACUUUCGGGAGCUUUGCAUUCUUUCAAUAAAGUAAAAAAAAAAAAACAUUUUGCUGACCAGGACCAGGGGUGUUUCUUCAAGUCUGAAGAUGACUUUUCUCUGUGGACAAAAGUCCUCGCCUGGGAGAGCCUGGAAUCAAGUCUUCUACAUACAAACAAAGGAGGACUUGAUUUAAAAAAAAGUGAUUUUUGUCACUGAAGACUUCUGAAUGGCUCUCGGUCUACGUGAGUACAACACUCCCGGGACUUCACCACCCAUCAGGGUGCGUCCCCACCGUCAUCGCCUUAUUCUUAACAAGUCACUGUGGAAGAAAUUAAGGGAAAUAUCAUUGAAGCAGAGGUAUGGCUUUCACAACUUCUACUCCUGAGCUUCAGUCAUUGUUUUACAAAACCAGCGAAGUUGGCACGUUGUGUAAAUGGUAAAUAAAAACAGAAUACAAUUAUUUGCAAAUCCUUUUCAACUUAUAUUUAAUUGAAUAGACUGCAAAAACAAGAUAUUUAACUGAGAAACUACUUUUUUUUUUUUUGCAAAGAAUCAUUAACUUAGAAUUUAAUGGCAGCAACACAUUGCAAAAAAAUUGGCACAGGGGCAUUUUUACCACUGUGUUACAUAGCCUUUCAUUUUAACAACACUCAGUAAACGUUUUGGGAACUGAGGAGACUCAUUUUUGAAGCCUUUCAUGUGGAAUUCUUUCCCAUUCUUGCUUGAUGUACAGCUUAAGUUUUUCAACAGUCCGGUGUAUCCGUUGUCGUAUUUUAGGCUUGGCAAUGUGUUACACAUUUUCAAUGGGAGACAGGUCUGGACUACAGGCAGGCCAGUCUAGUACCCGCACUCUUUUACUAUGAAGCCACGCUGUUGUAACACGUGGCUUGGCAUUGUCUUGUUGAAAUAAGCAGGGGCGUCCAUGAUAACGUUGCUUGGAUGGCAACAUGUGUUGCUCCAAAACCUGUAUGUGCCUUUCAGCAUUAAUGGUGCCUUCACAGAUGUGUAAGUUAGCCAUGCCUUGGGCACUAAUACACCCCCACACCAUCACAGAUGCUGGCUUUGGAACUUUGCGCCUUUGACAAUCUGGAUUGUUAUUUUCCUCUUUGGUCUGGAGGACACGACGUCCACUUUUUCCAAAACAAUUUGAACAGUUGACUCGUUAUACCCAACAGCACUGCAUCAGUCCAUCUUAGAUGGUGGCGUUUCUGGGUGUUGUUGAUAAAUGGCUUUCGCUUUGCAUAGUAGAGUUUUAACUUGCACUAAAAGAUGAACUGUAGUUACUGACAGUGGUUUUCUGAAGUGUUCCUGAGCCUGUGUGGUGAUAUCCCUUACACACUGAUGUUGGUUUUUGAUGCGGUACCGCCGGAUCGAAGGUCAUGGGCAUUCAAUGUUGGUUUUCGGCCUUGCCGCUUACAUGCAACACUUUCUGUAAAUUCUCUGAACCUUUUGAUGAUAGAUGGAGAAAUCCCUAUAUUCUUGCAAAAGCUGGUUGAGAAAUGUUUUUCUUAAUCAAUUUGCUCAGGCAUUUGUUCACAAAGUGGUGAGCCUCGCCCCGUCCUUGUUUGUGAAUGACUGAGCAUUUCACGGAAGCUGCUUUUAUAUCCAAUCAUGGCACCCACCUGUUCCCAAUUAGCCUGUUCCCUUGUGGGAUGUUCCAAAUAAGUGUUUGAUGAGCAUUCCUCAACUUUCUCAGUUUUUUUCUGCCACUUAUGCCAGCUUUUUUGAAACAUGUUGCGGGCAUCAAAUUCCAAAUGAGCUAAUAUUUGCAAAAAAUACCAAAGUUUACCAGUUGGAACAUUAAAUAUCUUGUCUUUGCAGUAUAUUCAAUUGAAUAUAGGUUGAAAAUGAUUUGUAAAUCAUUGUAUUCUGUUUUUAUUUACCAUUUACACUAUGUGCCAACAUCACUGGUUUUGGGCUUUGUAUUUGCCAGAACCCUUCUCUUUUUUUGGACCGUUCUUUUGAGUUAGCUAAUGUUUGCCAAAUUAAUCGCAGCACAAUCAAGUCUUUUGACCACUAACAAACCCCUGGCAGGGUCUCAAACUGAAAACUCACAUCAGCGCGCUUAUUAAAUAUGUAUACCGCAUUCUUGAUUCCCGAGGGUGUGAAUUUUGACGUUCCACAGUUACCAGCAGGCACAUGCACAGAAAUUCUACGGGGCAGGUGCUCAAGCCAGAAUAAAGGGCAACUUCAUGUAUUGCGAAAAUUACGCAUAAAAUUAUUAGGAUCAAAAUCUCAUAAUCGCUGUUUGCGAAUUGGUUUGUAACGGAAGUUUAUCUUCAAUGUCACACUUAGAAAAAUAUCAAGCAUGUCAUUUUUUGACCCCUGUGAAGGCCUUUUUGAUCAGAUAGUCACAGGUUUAAAUCUGCAUUCCAACCUCGCAAAUGUCUACUCAAUUUCAUAAUGGAGUGACACAACAGUAAUUAUGGCCUAAAUACAACAACAAUUUGCUAAAAGAACAAAAGAAAGUCAGCCUGUGUCCCUGAGGGUUAAGCAUCCAAAGAAAGAGCUAGAUUAGAUUGGAUUUUUUAAAUUUGUACCCACAGGUAUAUUUGGUUUGCAGUGAGAGACAUUCAUACGAAACAAUAUAAUAAAUAAAUGAAAAAACAUGAGUAAUUUAAAGGGGAAGCAUAAGGUUCCUAAGCAAGUUAAAAGGAACCACAUUUUUUAACCAUAAAAUAUAUACAUAUAUAUAAAAAAAAAAAGUAUAUAUAUAUGUAUAUAUGUAUAUAUAUAUAUAUGUGUAUAUAUAUGUAUAUAUAUAUAUAUAUGUGUAUAUAUAUGUAUAUAUGUAUAUAUAUAUAUAUAUGUGUAUAUAUAUAUAUAUAUGUGUGUAAUAUAUAUAUAUAUAUAUAUAUAUAAACAAUGAGUCCACACAGAGCUAACAGCCAAAGAUUCAAGGCAUGGGGGUCAAACUCUGGCCCGCGGGACAAAUUUGGCCCGCCGUGUAAUUUCAUUUGGCCCUUGAGUCAACAUCAAAUGAACAUUAGAGCUGGCCCGCCGGGUUUAUUAAGCGGCACCGCCGCUGUAACACCGCAUAUACUCAUACUUGCCAACAUUCCCGAUUUUCCCGGGAAACUCCCGAAGUUCAGUGCCCCUCCCGAAAAUCUCCCGAUUUCCACCCGGACAACAAUAUUGGCGUUCUCUGCAACCUGUCGUCACGUCCGCUUUUCCUCCAUACAAAAUAUACUUGGCAUACUUGGUCAACAGCCAUACAGGUCACACUGAGGGUGGCCGUAUGUACAACUCUAACACUGUUACAAAUAUGCGCCACACUGUGAACCCACACCAACAAGAAUGACAAACACAUUUUGGGAGAACAUCCGGACCGUAACACAUCAGAACAAAUACCCAGAACCCCUUACAGCACUAACUCUUCCAGGAUGUUACAAUAUACACCCCCCACCGCCGCCAACCCCCACACACACCUCAACUCCGCCCACCUCAUUGUUAUUUUAUUUUCUAAUUUAUUAGCCUGUGGAAAAAGUUAAUGUUGAUAUUUACCUCAGAAGGCUGCAAAUAGAAAAGAGGCCUUAAUUUUUUUAUUUAAAUUUGAUUUAAUAUGCCAUUGAUGUUUUUUCGUUUGAUUUGUGAAAGUUGAUUUUGCGCUAAUAAGCUAUGUAAGCGUUGCUCGUUCCAUAUUCAGUGUUAGAGCAAACUGAGCCAUAAUUAACGUUUUUGUCAGACCGUGGACUACGGUGGGGUUUGUUUUCCCGGAAUGCAAAAGAAGGUGACGGGACAUGGCGUGAAGGUAAAUACAUGAUUUUAAUCUUAACUCAAAAGCUACAAACAAAAGGCACUCACAGUGGUGGCACAAAACUUAACGCAGGGAACGAAACUAAUACUUAAACAUAAACUAAGAACAUAAAACAAACAGCACCUACUGUGGCCUGAGCAAGGCAGCAUGAACAAUGAACAUCAGUACCAACUAUUGCAUGGACAGAGCAAAAACAAGAGUGAUGACACCAGAACGACCAACAGAAAAGGACAGGCUUAAAUAGUGACAUGAUUAAGAACAGGUGCGUGAGUUCAAACAAAUGAGGCAGGUGAAACUAAUGAGUUGUCAUGGAAACUAAAACAAUCCAGGGUGCGCAAAAACAGGAAGUAAUGGAGUCAAAAACAAACAGAACAUGAUCACAAGACAUGACAGUUUUAUUCAUGCACUUUCUCUUGCUACUUCAAGGCUUGAAUGUUGAUUCAUUCAUUAUUAUUUUAUUUUCAAAUUUAUUAUUAGCCUGUGGAAAAAGUGUAUUUUAAUAUUCACCCCAGAAGGCUGCGAAUAGAAAAGACGCAUUAAAUUUGUAUUUAAAUUUUAUUUGAUAUGCCGUUGAUAUUUUCUAAAUAUUAUUAUAAUUUGAAACUUGAUUUUGCAUGUCACUGUAAAGUUAUACAAGCCUUGCAAAACUCGUUUCAGUCCCUAUUAAUGUCAGGGCGUGGACUUUGGGGUGUUUGUUUUCCCGAGAUGCAAGUAAAGUCGAUCGGACAUGGCUUGGAGGUAAAUACAUGAUUUUAUUUCAACUCUAACAAAAGGUACAAAACUAACGGCGCGCACAAAGGCGAAGAACAAACUUGACUAGUGAACAAAAACUAGCACUUGGGCAAAAAAACUAUGAACAUGAAACAAAUAAACACUUACUGUGAGAAGAAAUACACAAAACUCACGUGGCAAGAAACGAGCAGCAAGAAAACUAUGUCAGCAUGACAAUGGCAUGAGUAGAAAAGAUAUCAGAUAGCAUGGGUGUCCAGGAGGUAAUGUCGCCAGGCCGACUGCCUGGCAACUGCAAGCUUGAAUAAUACCGACCUGAUUAGUGACGGGUAUGUGAGUGCAAAGCGUGAGACAGGUGAAACUAAUGAGUAGACAUGGAAAGAAAACAAGCAAGAGUGCACAACCAGGAACUAAAGAGUCCGAAAAACAAACAGCACAUGGCCAAACAAAAACAUGAUAAAUUAAAAGGUCCAUUUGUUCAACCUCGGCCCACGGCUUUGUUCAGUUUUAAAUGUUGGCCCACUCUGUAUUUGAGUUUGACACCCCUAAUUCAAGGAAUACACGCCGCACUUACCCAUGUAAAAAAUGAUCCAAGGAGGGUUACCUUAAACCAGGGGUGUCCAAACUUUUUCCACUGAGGGCCGCACACUGAAUAAUCAAAGCAAGCGGGGGCCAUUUAUUUUAAAAAACCAAUACAAUAUAUGUAUAAAAAAUAUACAUUCAGGCCUCCACUCAGGCUGGAUCCCGGGGACCCCAAAGGGUUUUGGUAAAAAUAAAAUGUUAAAAAUGUGUCAUUAUUCAGUAUUAAUAUUUAUUCAAGUUUUAAAUCUCUAGAUCAGGGGUCGGGAACCUUUUUGGCUGAGAGAGCCAUGAAAGCCAAAUAUUUCAAAAUGUAUUUCCGUGAGAGCCAUAUCAUAUUUUUUAACACUGAAUACAACUAAAUGUGUGCAUUUUUAAGUAAGACCAACCUUUUAGAGUAUAAUAAGUCUCUUAUUCUUUUUAAUAACAUUGUUAUUCUGAAGCUAACCAAUAAUAAAUAAAAUGUCAUGUCUGUUAAUCGUGUUUUUGUUUGGCCAUGUGAUGUUUGUCCUUUGGACUCUUUAAGUUCCUGUUUUUUUUCCACUCCCUUGUCUGGUUUCCUUGGUUACUCAUUUUGUCCACCUGUCUCUGGUGGACAAAAUGCUUCCCGAGCACUAAUCAGAGGCAGUAUUUUGCCAGUCAGUCGCCCUGUGCUGACUUGUUUCAUGCCUUGCCAUAGUUUCGUGCUUCAUGCCAUGCCAAGUAAGUUUUGUUUGAUUUAUGUUCUUAGUCUGUUUAUGCGUUAGCUUUUUUCUUCAGCCCAAGUUGUGCCUCCGCUGUGAGCGAUUUUUGUUUGUAUAUUUUUUUUGUUCAAAUUAAAUCAUGUUUUUAGCUAAAUGCAA